ACCUGAUUUCAAUUCUGUGGGUUUCCUUUUGGAACCAAACGACGUCAUCGCAGUCCCGGGAAGUCCUGUAACACUGAACUGCACCGUACUAUCAUCAGAUACAGCACCAGUCAUCAGAUGGACACAGGGUACUAGUCCAGUACAGGAUAAUCAGGACAGGACUAUUAUGCCUAAUGGGGCUUUGAGAAUAGCGUCAGUCUCUGUGUUGGAUGAGGGUUCUUACAGGUGUAGUGCCGAUGAUGAUUAUUUUAGCAAAGUGGGAACUCUUAGUAUAGCUAGAUUAGAGCUUCUAGAAGGACCAGAGAACAUCUUUGCUUAUAACGGAGAUACCAUCUUUUUUACAUGUGACUUUGAUUCCGUACCUCCACCACAAAUAAGUUGGUUGAAGAACGGGCUGGUGUUGGAAUUGACUGAGGAGAGAGUUUCAGCUCGCUAUACUCUCUUCCCUAGUGGGGGUCUUGAGAUACGAGAGGUUCGUUCAUCGGAUGCUGGGACUUAUCGUUGUCAAGGAACCAAUCGUCUCUUCUCAACACGAAUAUCUAGCAACAAUGCUCUCCUUACAAUCAAUCCAGGUGCAAAUCCUGAUUUUCAGUUUAUAAAGAUUCCUAAUCAGGAGAUACAAGCGCCAGUUGGGGAGACCAUCGUUAUUGAAGUAGCGACUGAUUCACCGGCAACAUUCACUUGGUUCAAAGAUGAUGAAGAAAUAUUCAUCGUUGGAACUGAUGAGCAUUACUCCUUAGUUGGUCAGGGUAGUCUUAGAAUUAAGCAAGUUGGUGAGAUUGAUACGGGAUUGUACCGUGUGAUUGCAACAUCACAAAGUGAUGGUGAUGCCGAGAUAACCCACAUUGUUAAAGUGACCGCAUUGGUUCCAUUGAAAUUCAACAUCCGGCCCAGGAACACCUACGUCAACAUUGGCAAUGAUGUCACCCUAGAAUGUAAUGUGUAUGGUAUCCCGGGUCCGACUAUUGAAUGGUAUCACGAUGGUGAGGCAAUAGAACCUGGUGAUAUCUUUGAGGUGUCACCAACAGGAAGCCUGACUAUUAAGCAGGCUAUAACUGAAGAUUCUGGUAUCUACCAGUGUGUGGCUGACAAUACAGUAGAGAACCUACAAGCGUUGGCACAACUCAUUGUGGUGGCAGAAGGCAUUGUAAUUCCUACACGUCUACCUGUGACGUCAGCAGUGAUUACAGCUGCCCCUCUACCUCAAAUAACCACUACCUCUCCCCCUGCUCGACCAGACUUAGGACCCGUUCCAAGUGAACCUAGGUUCCUGACAGCAUCUGAUGUACAGGCAAGAUCUUUCUCACUAUCAUGGCUGGAGCCAUUGCAGAUGAAUGGAAACUUAAACAACUACAGGAUUUAUCUCAAAUGGGAUGGAAACUUGAAAAUUGAGUCUGCUUAUGACCUGAGAGCAUUCUUGAGUGACUUGGCACCAGAGACGAGAUACGAAGUCACUGUCUUCGCUGUCAAUGAAAAUGGAGAUGGAGUGGAAUCAGAAACUCUGAUUGUGGAAACGCUGCCUCCAGGUGACUAUCUCGGUCCACCAGUCAACAUUCAGGCCAGAGCAGGACAGGGUAGUUGUACAUCUCUACUCAUAUCAUGGGAACCCCCACAAGAUGGUGAAGGACAGAAUUACGUUGUCUACUACGCUGACCUUAGCGGAGGUGUUGCCCAAGAACUUCAACUGUACACAGAGGAAGAGUUCUACAUAAUCACUGACCUGAAACCUUAUACUAGAUACGGUCUGCGAGUAGUUGCUAAUAAUGAGAAUGGACCUGGUGCCUCAUCAGGGAAUUUGGAAGCUCGCACAUCACAAUGUAAGCCCUAUGGUUUCCCAGCUAACAUCACAGUAGAAGCAGAUUCAGCAUCAGCUAUCAGGGUCUUAUGGAACCAACCAAUCUUCACUGAACGCAAUGGUCUGAUCACUGGCUACAAACUCAAAUACAGAACAGUUGAUAACGGCAAGCGAACGCAUACACUCAUUAUAGAUGGUGAUGUUAGAUCCUAUACAAUACAAGAUUUAGAGAAGGAGACUGCAUAUGAAAUACGGAUGGCUGCUAGCAACGCUAACGGCACUGGACCAUUCUCAGACUGGGUGCAAAUAGCAACAUUUAAAGAGGAUAAAAAUGAAAACACAGUGCCCCCGAUUCUGUCUUUAUUUAGUGCCAUCCCCUCCUCCAAUAAAAUCGUUGUCACAUGGGCACCCCCAUUUGAAAGCAACAUAAUGAUCCGAGGGUACAUCUUGGGUUAUGGGGCUGGCAUCCCUGAUGCCUUCAUUGAAACCUUCAGUAGUUCAGAAACCCAGUUUACUAUUACUAACCUCAAGCCCAGCACUAUCUAUGUACUCAAACUACGGGCUUUCAACAACGCUGGUGAAGGGAUGUCUUUAUAUAAAGAUGUUGCAACAUCAGUAGCAGGCACCUUGGGGCCUAGCCCAACAAGGACAAUACACGUUACUACAAGAAGUGUCCCAUCCAUGCCAAUGGGACUAAGAGUCGUUGUUACUUCUCCGUAUAGUGCUGUUGCAUCAUGGGUAGACCAAGACUACAUUGGUCAAUCCAUCCCAGCAGGACGGAACUAUACUGUGAGAUAUAGAACCAACUACCCCUCAAACAAAUAUAUGUACAUAAACUCAUCAGACCUGUCCGUAGUUAUUGACAACCUAAAUCCAUUUACGGAGUACCAGUUUGAAGUCAAAGCAUCAGAUAGUGGAGAAGGAGGUGGUCAUAGCCCUUAUGGUCUAGUCACAACUAAUAAGACGUUUGAGUCUGCUCCAGGUUCCCCACCGAGGUCCCUGACUGUAGUUCGUGUUGAAAACUCCUCAACUGCAUUAGGACUAAAUUGGCAACCGCCUAAAAACCCCAAUGGACAAAUAACAGGCUAUACAAUCUAUUACUCCACGACUAAUUCAAACGAUAAGGAAGAAUGGAUUAUGGAUUACAUCACAGGAGAGGACCUGACUAGGACGAUUCAUGGCUUGACGUCAGACACCAUGUAUUACUUUAAGAUUCAAUCUCAUACUAGCCGAGGAGAAGGACCAAUAUCUGAUGUUGUAUCUGCUUCAACACCUACAGCUCUCAUCGUGCCACCUAUACCACCAAUUACAGCUGUGGAAUUUGACCUGAGCGAUGUUCUGAACCAUGAUCAUAAUGAUGAUCAGACACAAGUUCCAUCUGCCGGACCUCCUCUUGCUGCAGCUGGUGCAUUGGGAUUUCCUUGGUGGUUAUGGCUCCUCAUCAUCUUAGCUAUCCUCUUCAUAAUCAUCUUAGCCGUACUCCUCUUACUUUGCUUCAUGUGUGGUUGCUGUGCAUGGUGCGCUCGUUGCUGUCCAUGCUGCGCAGCUUACUGUGAUGACAUCUGCGGCUGUUGUGCACCAAUCUGUGGACCCAUAGCAGCAUGCUUUGCUGGCUGCUGUCCUUGUUGCUGUGAAGAUGAAGAUGGUUGUGCAAAGUGUUGGUUGAAGUUCUGCUGCGGUGCAUCAGCGUGUGUCUGCUGUGGUCAGGCAUACAGGGAAAGAAAGAAAGCAAAGGGAUCUGCCAACCUAACCGGUUACCACGCAGUAUCCCAGAAUGGUAAAGCAGUAGGCAGUACACCAGUGCCUCCUGAUCUAUGGAUUAAUCAUGAAGGAGUUGAAAUGAAAGUUGACGGCAAGAAGACUGGAAUGACUCUCUCUCCAAUCAAUGCUAAGUCUAGUGAGAGAGAAAUGUUGAACCAAGGAAAAGGAGUAGAUCAGCAGCGAGAAGGGACCCAAGAGACGUCUUUCACCCAGUCCGCUGUGCAGAACCAGCAAGAGCACUACAAUGCUUCAGGAGAGUUGGCUAAUGGUCACGCCUCGUCGUUAGUAACUACCGGUACAUUGGGAAGAGGGUCAAGAGAAUCACAGAUCCACGUGAGUAGUGAGGAUCAAGUACAUGCCAGUCAGAGACAGAGUCAAUAUGAAACACCAACCUUGAUAUCAGCUGCGUCUCAUCGGUCAUCUUUGGAUUCAGCUCGUCCUGUCACGUUGUCUUCUUCACCUCGCAUGGAGAACCUUUCUGAGUUUGUGACUCAAUCAGAGGUUCAUAGCAGUUCAGUUUCAGCAGCCAAACCAUCUACCUCGGAGUACCAGUCUGACUCCUUGAUUCAUUCAGAGAUUCAGAAUGAUGAUGUUAUCAAUUCAGAUGAAGCUGGUCGUACCUCACCACGCUAUGCCACAUGGGGUGCUAAAGCCAACCUCAAUGAUCAACAAAAGUCCAGCAGUGUCAACUACAACUCAACCAACAUCCACGUUGAGGACGUAAGGAACAACUACACUGCUAAUGAUAGUUUCUCCACACUGCGUGGUAAUGGGCACCAGGGAAGCCGUGGAGAGGCCUAUAACACACUGGAUAGACAGGCAUCUCAUAACAACGCUUACUCUGCUGAUAAUCAGAUCAUUACGUUCCCAGAGACGGCUGGCGGACCUCAACCCUUCACUAUCACCUUUGAAGAGACGACUACUUCCCAUAAUGUGGAGAAGUCUGUACCUUUACCGGAUGGCACAAACUUCAAGACGUCUUCCAGUCAUCAAACCUUUGCUAAAUCUUACAGCACCUCAGAUGCAUCUCAAGAUCAGAAUCUUCAAGCAAUGUUACAAGGAGGAUUGGAGAAUGGACCUCUGGCAAUAGAAAUACCCAAUUCUAAUAACACCCUACCAGCCAUUACCGCUGCUCCUAUGUUCCGUUCCGGUAGUUUCAACCCCAUCCCUCAGGACAGUCCUUCCUCCAUUACAUCUCAUGCUAAUAGCCGCUCUCCUCCAAUGACCAACUACAACUUCACUAACUCAGAAAACAACUCAUCUCAGACGCAAUCUAGCGGUUAUACCAGCGCUGGUAACACAAGAGGGCGUGCUUCAAGUAUUGGUGCAUCAUCUAUUGAUAGUAUGGGUUAUCGGGGAAGGCGUGGCUCAGAAAAUUACAACAGUGAAUAUAAGAGCAGUGUACAGGGGACUUCGCCGAUAAACAUCCCCCCGCCAAACCCAACCUCUGCAUAUUCUUCAAGCUUCCAAGACUAUGCUUCUUUGAGAAGGGAAGAAACUGACAAGGGAUAUGGAUUGGGUCGAUCAGCAUCUGACCUUUACAACGGGUCAUCUGGUAUAGGGAUGAGUAAACCUAGAGCAGGAUUCAACACCAUUGACCGCUCAGCUGGAUUCAACACCAUUGACCGCUCAGCUGGAUUCAGUACUGACAGUGCUUAUGGAAGUCCAACUCAUGGUUCUGGGUUCACACUCCCUAGCCGGACAGGUGGUUUGACCGUGCCAGAGUACCGCCCCAGCAACUCUUACCAAUCCAGUGCUUUCCAGAACUCUUCCGAAUCUCAAUCUUUUGGUUCCUAUGGCAACGGUCAGCGUUCUGGUAGCCAAUCUCAGGUCUCCUACAAUAAUAACAAUGCCUCAAUACCUAGACAGGUGGUAGAGGUUGAUCAUGCUGAAGUACAAACACCAGAGAGGUUUACAAGCAAAUCAGAUCUCCUGCAGUCAUCUUCCUACACAUCACCUAGCAUUCCAGAAUUCACAGCUAGACCGCUAAGACGCUCGAUGUCUGUUGAUCAUGAAUUCGGUCUUGAGACUAGCGAUAAUUUCUGGAACAGCGGCAGUAAUACUAACCUCUCAAGUUAUCAUCGAGAGACAAAAGAAUCAAGAGAAAGUACCCGAGGGGUUGAUUCUGGUGCUUCAGAGUCACAACGAGGGCGCUCUCGCUUCGUUGGGGAAAACACCUACGGAGGAGUCAGCUCAAGAUCUCGGUCACUUGAUAGGUUUGGGGAACGUGAAGAAAAAUUGUCACGACCUCAAAUCAACAAGAACAAUCCACAAAACCAACGUCACAUGUCACCCGUUGGAGGUUAUGAUUAUCACGCAUCGUCCCCACGACAACAUCAAAUGGAUCGUCCUGCAUACAUGUAUAAUACCAACACAACAUCAUCAGGUUACCAUAGCGAUACUAACACAACAAGUUCCCAUGAUGAUGGUUCGAGUACCCAAGGGUCGACAUCCAGGGCUGGGAACCCACUUUCAAGUUUUAGUGUCCCUGGCCCACCUCCUAACUACCAAGCUGCAAGAGUUAAGAUUCAAGCCCCAAGCUACAGUCCAUUGAAGCGUAACACCCAGCCUGGUGUGGCUAGAGUACGAGCUCAACCAUUGCCUGUAGUCACCCCUAGAGCUCCUGAUGUGACGUACAGAGGUAUUGGUGAUGGUACUAGCCCAGGGGUGAGUUUAUAUCAGGAGUCGACCAAUCGUUCCUUCAGUACUGAAGAUCUUAAUACUGAAAUGUUGAACCUUGAGGGACUGAUGAAGGACCUGAACGCUAUCACAGCAUCGGAACUACAGAGUUAAAGACCCCCCCCCCCCCCCCCCC